UUCCGAGCGCGAACAGGAUCGUGGUUGUUAGCGAGUCUCUUUACCAUUAACAUAUUUAUUUGAACAACCUCCACACACACUGGCGUUGACCGUAAACUGUCUAAAUCGGGACCGUUCUGCAACUUCGCACUGGUAUAAUGGCAGUUGAGGACCAGGCUUUCGUUACCCUGGCGACCACUGAUGCUUACUGCAUGGGCGCCCUGGUGGUGGGGAAGAGUCUGCGUCGUCAUGGCACCAGCAGGAGGACCGUGGUGAUGGUGUCCCCUAAUGUCUCUCUGGAAGCACGGCGUCCUUUGGAGAGUGUCUUUGAUGAGGUGGUCCAGGUGGAUGUGUUGGACAGUGGUGACCGCGCUCACCUGUCGUGGCUGGGACGGCCCGAGCUGGGCGUCACCUUCACCAAACUCCACUGCUGGACGCUCGUCCGCUACCGCAAGUGUGUGUUCCUGGACGCAGACACACUCGUGAUGUGUAACGUGGACGAGCUGUUUGAGAGGGAGGAGCUAUCUGCGGCCCCCGACCCAGGCUGGCCCGACUGCUUUAACUCCGGAGUGUUUGUGUUCCGACCGUCAUUCGACACACACACACGACUGCUGGAGCACGCAGCACAACACGGCAGCUUUGAUGGUGGCGAUCAGGGCCUCUUAAACUCAUUCUUCAGUGACUGGGCGGUGACAGACAUCAGGCGGCACCUCCCCUUCGUCUACAACCUCAGUGCCAACGCCUUCUAUACAUACCUGCCCGCUUUCCACAGAUAUGGGCAUGGUGCAAAGAUCGUCCACUUCCUGGGUGGGGCCAAGCCCUGGCAUUCCUGUUCCAACCCACCGGCCAAUCAGGACUCACGCUCACAGCUGGACCAAUACCUGAGCCUGUGGUGGGCGGAGCACCACAGUCAGAGUCCGCCCACUGUGAGGAAACAUAGUCAGCUCACACCCGCUCUGACCCCCCCUGGUCCUCCUCAUACCCCGCCGUCAGUGACUGACUCUCUGCCUCCUGAGGUUCGGGAUCUGCUGCCCCCCCGGACCCCUCUCCCAGCGCCCACAGACCUGACCCUCCACGUGCCGCUCCCCGCACCCCAGACCCCUGACGGCAUGGAGACAGACCCGCCCCCUGGAGGAGAAGAUGGACACUCAGGGGCAGAAGCGUCAAGUUCCACCUCUGGGGCAACUACUGAAGAUGAGCAGCCGGUGGAGUCACAGGAGGAGAGGAAGCUGCAGCGUCGCAUGUGGGAGGAAGGUCACAUGGACUACCUGGGCCGAGACGCCUUCCAGAACAUCAUGAAGAAGCUGGACCGCUUCCUCAAGUAGCACACACACACAGAUAUAUGAAAGUAGUGAAACACACACACAACCACACACACAAUCACACACACACACACAGAUAUAUAAAAGUAGUGAAACAUAAACACA